AUGGCGGUCGCUCCAAAACCAAAUGAAAUACCCCGUUUGACGAAUGGUAGAGGUAAUCUCUAUCGUGUUUCUCGACUGUUAAUCAGAGGAGGAGCCGAACUUUUGGCAGCAGGUGUCCACCAGUUUCUCUUCCACCAAUAUUGAAAAAUCAAGCUAUAAAAAAGCUGCUCAAAGCAGCAAAACCACAGCGGGACUGUCUAGAUUCCUCCCCAGGGGCGUACGGCAAAUCAAAAGAUUUUGAUGUCACUCUCCCCUUCUGAUUUCUGAGGACGAUUUGCAGCCUCAUCCCUCCCGUCACAGGGUGGGAUACUCAACCGUUGAAUACAGAUCACAGUUUGGAAGCAGUGUAUGAUCAUGUGAAGUCUGAUAUAUAGAUAGCAGAUGACUUCCAGUUCUUAUUUUUGUGGCGUGAAAUCAGCGAAGCCCUUGUAACAACUGCAGGCAAAAUCCACCCUUCAAAGAGGCAUGACUGGCAGGCAAUCAUUGAUAAGUUCUUGGACGAUCUCCUUAAUCAGAGGAUGAAAGAUAGGUACAGGAACUGUUCGACUGGUAUAAACAGGAUGUGA